AUGUUGUGUGGAAACUCGGAACAAGCGGGAAACAGCGGUGUGAUAGUUUCGCAGGUCGUGAAUCCUCAUACGCCGCAAGAUUUCACGGUCUCGCGCCUACUAUCGACACCAACACCGACUCAUUCGUUGGAGUGCAACGAGAGUUCGAGCACAGCGGCUAGUAGGAGGCCGAGAAGAAGUAGAACGACAUUCUCGGCGCAACAAUUGGCAGCGUUGGAGAGGGUGUUCGAAAGGACGCAUUAUCCCGACGCUUUCGUUCGAGAGGAACUUGCGACGCGGGUAUCUUUGUCGGAAGCCAGAGUACAGGUAUGGUUUCAGAACAGACGCGCCAAGUUUCGUCGAAACGAAAGAAGUUCUGCGAUUAAUCGGGGCAUCUCCUCGAACAGAGAAAUGGAAACUACUUUACCCUUACGACCGAUCAGAGUAACGCACACGCAGGAGAACAAUACGGAAAAUUUGCAGAGCUCGCAAAUGCCGCAGUACCCUUACAGCGAAUACUGGCGAUCGUCUCAACACUACACCACCUCUAUGCAAACCACCACCUGCCAUGGAUUUAUCAACGGCAAUCUGGCAAACGUGAAUCUUCCCUCGUAUCAUCAGACGGAGAUUCACGGUGGACUCGAAGGUACUGCGAUGACCAGUUUGAACGCGUUGCGAUUCAGAACGCAUCCGUACGGAACCGCGUACUCCGCUAUGCACGCGAGCAUGUAA